AUGACUAUUUCGGAUGCUAUUCUACCGUCUGGGCAGACUGCAUCCCUUCGAGCGGUAGCUGCAAUUCCCAGAACAAACGAGCUCUAUGUUGGUUCUACAUACUCGGAAUUCCCAUACUGUCUUUCCCUUUUCAAGACUUUCGGUGACCGAGAGAUUACAGCUUUUGACUGGGCGAAUAUGCCAGGGCAAUUUGCUAUAUAUGACUCAACCGACAUCUCAGCUUCGCAGUUAAAUGAAGAAACUUUGGCCACAGUCUCCACGACAGCCGCCCCAACUAUCAAAUCAAGCGACUCUUUAGAGGGAGAUACAAGUGCCAAGUAG